UCGGGGCUCACAGGAGCAGUGUUCUCUCAUCGCGGCAGUGCCCCCCCCCCCACCUCGUGGCAGUGACCCUGGUGCUGUGCCCAGCCUGGCCGAGUGUCUCCUGUCGCAGCCGGCUGCACAGGACGCUACUGUGGGUCUUGAUGUCGGGGCUUGUGGUGUCCCCCGAGAGAGACAAAUCUCUGUGCAACCCCUCAAGCUGUGACCAGGGGGGGCGGGGGGGCAGAGAAGGGGCACCUGCCACCUCCUGCCCUGCAGAGACUGCCUUUGGUUUGGGCUGCCUUUCAUCGAAAUUGGUUGAUCCCCGUCUCAGGAUGGGGAUUCUCAAAAUUGUAUUAGGAAAAAAAGACUUCAAAUGAAUUUUAUUAAUCUUAGUUGUGAUGAUUCUUUGACACGUUCCCUGCACCCCACGUGGCUUCUCCUACACGUCCUGCAAGAGAUCAAACAUUGGUUUAACCAGCCCAGCCCCCCUGUGAGGGAUCAAACAUCAGUUUGCAGCUUGCUGGGCUCCGAUCCAGGGUGGCCAGACCCCGCUGGGCUCCUUCCCUGCUCCAAGGGGUGUUGCCUCCUGUGCCUGGCCAGCCCCGGCUUCACCCGUGAUGCCACCCUGCCCAGCCACCCCGUGACACAGCCCUCGCCUUGGAGGUGACACAGCGGCUCGAGGGGAUCCCCCAGCGGGGACCUGCUCUGCAGCCACUGCCUUGUUUGCUCCGGCGCUGGCGGAGCCCGAGGAGUGUGUGCCCUUGCGGGCAGAGGGAAAAGCAGGUCCGGCCACUGGCUCCUGUGCUCAGGCACACAAGGGAUGGCCUUCCAGCGGAGCCACAGGCUGAACCUGCUGCGCCUCGUCGUGCUGCUGCUCGUGGCCUUGGCUGGCAUCAAGUUCUUCUUCCGUGACAGCUUUACCCUGGAGCUGCACAAGCACGUCAGCAAGGACAGCGAGUUCUGGGGGGAUGCAGGUGACACUGGCCAGGACACCGGUCCCCAGAGCCAGGCUCUGGAGGUCCCUGCGGCAAAGAUAACGGCCCUGAGGCAAGAGCCUGGGCAGCAGGUCCCCCGGGACGUCAGUGCCACCGAGAUGAGGUUGGUCCACCUGGACCUCAAGGGAGCUGCACCCAGGGUCUCCUACCUGGAGCAGGUGUUCCCCCUCCUGUCCCAGCUGGGAGCCAAUGGCAUCCUCAUCGAGUACGAGGACAUGUUCCCCUUCAAGGGGGAGCUGGAAAUCCUCAGGUCCCCGUACGCUUACAGCGAGGAGGACAUCGAGCGGAUCCAGCAGCUGGCAGAGCUCCACAAGCUGGAGGUGGUUCCCCUGGUGCAGACCUUUGGGCACGUGGAGUUCAUCCUCAAGCACGAGAAAUACCAGCACCUGCGGGAGGUCGAGCGCUUCCCCAACAGCUUCAACCCCCACGUCCCCGACACCCUGGCCCUGCUCAAGAGCAUCUUGUCGCAGGUGAUGGAGAAGCACAGGCGCUCCACCUGGAUCCACAUUGGCGCAGAUGAGGUCUUCCAUCUCGGGGAGGGGAUGGACUCUAAGAACUGGAUGAGCCACAACAAGGGCGACACGGGGACCAUGUACCUGAAGCACAUCAAGGAGGUGCUGGGCUUCAUCGCUGCACAGUACUGGGGGCUGCGGGCGCUCAUGUGGGACGACAUGCUGAGGAAAAUCAGCGCGGGAGCCCUGCGGGAGUCUGGGAUAGCAAAGCACGUCUCACCUGUGGUGUGGUUCUAUGCACCUGACUUUGAGGCUGAGCAGAUCGGGCCGUUCCUUGCCAAGUACGCAGAGAGCGGCUUCGAUGCGGUGUGGUUUGCCAGCGCCUUCAAGGGCACAACGGGACCAGCACAGAGCUGGCCCCCCCUGAGCUACCACCUGAAAAACCACCUGAGCUGGCUGAAGGUGAUGCAGGCGCUGCCGCGGCUGGCCCCGCUGCGCUGCCAGGGCAUCGUCCUCACCGGCUGGCAGAGGUACGAUCACUAUUCAGUGCUCUGCGAGCUGCUGCCCGUUGGCAUCCCCUCGCUGGCCAUCUGCCUCCAGACCCUGGUGAAUGGUGAGCCACCACCGCCCUGCUGCCAGCACCGGGCCAGCCUGCACGGCCGGGCUCAUCCCCCAUCUCCUCCACCCUCAGGGUGGCCCCGGGCCCUUCUGCCCCUCUCCUUGCCCUCUCCAGGUGGUUUCACAGAAGAGACGAAGAGGAAGGUCCUGGACACGUUGGGUUUCCAGAGCAUGCAGCUGGAGCAGAGCACGUGUGAAGGCAGAGGAGCCUUCCCCGGCGUGGAGAUCUACCACAUGGUCGAGCAGGUCAAUAGCCACCUGAAGGAGAGCAUCCUUAAGGCACUGGAGGAGGAGAGCGCCAUCAAGGGCUGGUUCAGUCCCUAUCACCGCAAGCGCCAGUUCGGCAACCCCCGCAACUUGGAGAGCUUUGGCAGCAAGGUGCUGAAGCUCCAUGAGGACUGGGAGAGUUUCGUCCAUGACCUGCGUGCCCACCUGGAGAGGGUCUACUUCCCCGACACAGUGGAGGAAUGGCUGGAGGAGAACAUCAACCCCUACUUGGACCAGCUGCGGGACCUGGUGCGGGACUACCAGGCCAUCAUCCGCCUCAACGCCAGGCCCAAGGUGAUGUAGUGGCUGUGGCCCCCCACCUCCGGCUCCCACUGCCCCCCUGGGCUGGGCUUUGGGUGCUGAUAUCGCGUGUCCGUGUGCUGGUGACUGUGUCGCUGCUGUUGGCUUGUACCGUACAGAGCUCCUGCACAUCCCACUUCCACAAUAAAGUAUUU